UAACUAUAGAGUUUAUUUUUUCCGACCCACCUUAUGUAAUGAUAUUAAGGAUACCUUUAUUUCUUUCCAUGUAUCAUUUAUUAAUACAUUUAUGCUUAAUCGUGUCUAUUCUAAAAAUUCUUAACCGGGAAAUGAUUGAGAUGCUUAAUCUGAAAAAUGGGACAUCUUGCAAAAUAUUCUUCGUAAAACCUCAUCGCACAAGGCUACUUUUUUUUUACUUCAUGGAUUGUAAUAUUUAUUUUAUUUAUAAGAAACCAAGAGGAGCACGACAAGAUUUAAAAUGUAUGUGUCAAAUAUACGACGAUCUCUGUACUUGUGUUCAUCUUUUACAGAAAUGUCAUGGAUUGGAGACACAAAAUCUCUGGUUAGAGAUCAUAAAAGGGAUCCAAGUUUACAUUUGGUUUGGUAUUGAAUGUUAUGUAGACGACCAAAUAAGGCAAGAAGUUGAAAAGAUGGAUUUGUUAUUAAUUAAAAAUAUGAUUGAAUUUAGAUGCGAUCCCAUCAGAAAAGAUACUCUCCAACUAUUCAAACAAAUAGUGAACUCUAACCGCUUGCAGUUUACAGCUUGCAACCUCUAUCGUCUGAGUUAUGCUACUAUACUCGGUACCAUUGUCAGUGUUAUUACUUACAGUGUUAUAUCUAUACAGUUGUUUUAA